AUGAUCAACGACAACAUCGCCGCGCUGUGCAUGGUGCACGUUGCGGACACCGACCAGGAAGCCUACGAUGCGGCCGCCCGCGAGGGUGAGUGGUUCGUGGCCAAGGCUGAAGACCUUUACAGUCCCUGGCAGGGUCGUGAAGUGCCCGACAGCUACCGCUUUGCCGUUGAUGCGGUGCAGACGGAACGCGUCAACAAAACCGCCGACGACCACAUUGAGUCCGGCGCGUUCGCAAUGGGCAGCCCGGAGACGGUCAUCAAGACCAUCGAGAAAUACCGGGAGGCCGGCGUCGAUCAGAUUCUGUGCUUCAUGCAGAUGGGCAACCUGCCCCACAGCAACAUAAUGAACAGCAUCCGCCUGUUCGGGAAGUAUGUGAUACCGCACUUCCUUUAG